AAAACUGAAAGGGCAGUGACAUGAAUUACUGUUGUUGCUAUCAUCUUUCUCCUUUUCUCCAUCUUCAAGACCAAAGGAAGAAAUUGACCCACAAUCUCAAACCUCCAUUUCAACCCUCAAGCUCUCUCUCUCUCUCUAUAAUUUCAGAUAAAACCUAAAAUGCCUAUCAAUUGAAUUCGAUCACAUUGCCUCAAUCAAUCCUUUUGGAGGUCUUACCUUCUAUUUCCCUCAAAUGGGGUGCUCUGUUUUCGCCUGUCGUUUCGGAUCCAAUUCGGGUAUUCGGGCGAGGAAGAUGAAAUUAAGAGGAAGAACAAGAGAAAGGGUAAGAAGACGUAGGCGAAUUGCUUUUCUGGUGGAGGGGAGGAGAGAAAAAAUUAGGGUUUAGGUUUGAUAAAUGAGGAAGAUUUUGUGUGUUUAUACCCAUUUACAUCAUCCCCAGUGCUACUUUGAGAAAAAUCAAACAACAAUGUGAUCAGCUUGUUAAGUCUCACCAAUCAAAAGGACUCACACCGGCUCAGAUAUAUGAUUUAACUUAUGGAUAUGUGUAACCUGACAUGAUAGGAGGAUGGCUAAAUCAGGGUUUCCGGAGGGCGAUGAAUUGGCUAGGCUCUUGCCCGACUACAAGUUGGAUGGACUCAUUGGCUCUGGCUCGACCAGUGUAGUGCACAAAGCGACUCAUGGGACGACUGGAUGUUCAGUAGCCAUUAAGAUCAUAUCCUUGGAAGAUAUCGGGGCAAACAUGUCAUAUGAUAUAGUUGAACGAGAAAUCACAAUACUGAAACGACUAGCAAACCCAAAUGUAAUUCAACUGUAUGAUGUUGUAUACACUCAAAAUUAUACAUGUCUAGUGAUGGAGCAUGCCUCGAAAGGGGAUUUCUUUGAUUAUGUUUCUGUGAGGGUGAAGUUGCCAGAGGAUGAAGCACGUCCAUUUUUCCGGCAGUUGAUAUUAGGUGUGGAGUACUGCCAUGGGAUGAUGGUUGCACAUCGCGACCUGAAGCUUGAGAACUUGCUUUUAGAUGAAACUCUCAAUCUGAAGUUAUCUGAUUUUGGCUUAAGUGCCAUAAUGAAUGAUGAUUAUAUGCUGGAACGAGGCUGUGGAAGCCCACAUUAUGCUGCUCCAGAGGUUUUAUCAGGAGAAACAUAUCAUGGACCUCAAGUAGAUGUAUGGAGCUGCGGCGUAAUUUUGUAUGCUGUUAUCACUGGUGAAUAUCCGUUUGAAGCUGCAGAUCCUGCUAUCCUUUUCAGCAAAAUAAAGAGGGGGCGUUUUAGAUUUCACGAUAACAUGUCAUCUGAGGUUAAAAAGCUGAUUUCCGGGAUGCUUAAUGUUAACCCUCAGAAGCGAUUAACUAUCGCAGAGAUUACUCAACAUCCGUGGUUUCAAGCUUAGCUGCCUAAGUACUUAUGCUGAUGAGACUCCUCUAUAUUCAUUCAAUGUACAAGGAGAAAUAAUAUAUGUUUGGAUAUAGCAAUGUUCCAUCUGAUCUUCGUCGUGGUUGUUGUUUGAAGUUUGAACAUUAUCUCGGCUUAUAUCCUUUUUAUUUAUGGGCACUCUAUCCCUGUGUAUGUACUAUGAAAAACCUAUGUAUUUAAUGGAUAAUUAUUCAUAGUAAAUAUCAGCGAUAUGAUUAGUGUA